AUGCCGAAAAAGAAAGUAUUUUUCGUGUAUGGGAUGACACCGACUAAAGAUAACCAAAGGACCAAUCAAGUCACAGGGUCGCAAAGAGCUGAGGAGUCUAGUAGCGGUCCCCCAGAUGCCAGUACUUCGGCAAAUGCAAAUCAAGCUAGAAUUGAUCCUUCACCGUCCACGGAUCAAGACCAAUCAUCUACUUCUGGUCAACCAGAGAGAACUGGUCAACCUUCGACUGACCAGCCGACGAAUCCUAGUCAACCAACGGCAACGUCUCCUAAUCAACUAAGUUCUCCUAAUCAACCAUCUUCUCCUAAUCAACGAACUUCUCCUAAUCAGCCAUCCUCUCCUAACCAAUCACUGACUCCUAGCCAGUCAGGGCCUCCUUCCCGACCCCCUAGCCGGCAAUUACCUCCUCACCAAGCACCAUUGCCACCAUCAAUAAGAAUAUAUUCUGACACCGACAUAGAAAUGUUCAUUGGUUCGACGUCACGAGCGUUGGCAGCGCCUUCCCGGCCAUACAGGGAGUCGUCACCAACGGGAGCUAGUUUGCCGUCGUCGCAAACAAACAGGGCUACUUUCAGGCAUUUAGCUCAUAUUUCUGCGAACCCUGAUCCGGGGGUUGAUUUUGAUAGAAGUCCUACGCCAAGUUUGUAUACUUUAGACAGAGAUAUAAAGAACUAUAUACAUAAGAGAGAAAGCCAUUCAUACGAAUACUAUCCUGGGACUGAGAGAACGGUUUACGAUUACAUUGAAGAGAGGAAUGAUAUGUAUAAUACUAAUCUGAUCGAGUCCACUGCUCACCUCAUCAAAGGCAGUCUGGGUGCUGGAGCGUUGAGCAUGCACGAAGCAUACAUGUAUGGGGGUCUAUGGACUUCGCUAGUUGUCACUAUCGUCAUAGGAAUAACCAUAUCGUACACCAUGCUUAUGUUAAUAAGAUCAGCUCAAAAAGUGUAUCGUAGGUUAAGGAUAUCGAAGCUGUCGUACCCUGACUUAGCUGAAGCAGCAUGUGCGACGUCCCCUUGGCGGUUUGUCAGAAAACUUAGUAAACCUUUUAGAUAUUUAGUAGAUGCGUGCAUAAUUUUUGAAAUGUGUGGUACUUGCUGUAUUUACCAAAUCAUGAUCGGCUCUUCGAUAAAACAGAUGUUUGAAGGCAUUGACUAUGAAUUUGCUAAAAGGGUGAUGGGUAUCCGACUUUACAUACUAAUAAGUGCUCCUAUACUUCUGCCGUUGUGUCAGAUUAGAAGUUUGAAGUUUUUGGCACCGUUCUCCAUGUUGGCUGAUGUAUUUGUUGCCUUGUGUGUCCUGACAACCCUAUACUAUAGUCUAAUAACCUUAAACGCGAAUAUUACCGACCGGUAUGCAUGGAAGAACAUCCACGGUUUCUUCAGAAUAGCUGGUAUAUGUAUGUAUACUACAUCAGGUAUCUGCGUGGCUCUACCUGUUGAGAAUAACAUGAAAAGACCAAGGUAUUUUCCUCAAGCUGUUCGAUUAGCUACGAUAGUAGUGUUAACUUUGACGGUGACGACUGGUGUUUUCGGCUACUGGGCUUGGGGUGAAAGUUGCAAGAGUCCUAUCACAGUGCAUAUGCCCCUUAAUAUAUUCACAACAAUAUUACAAUUUCUAUUGAUAAUGAUGCUGAGCACAUCGUUCGCUGUUCAGUUUUGGGUGCCCUUCCGAAUAAUAUGGCAUUACCUUGUCAGACGAUACAAAAGGAAGCAAGCUAUAUGGGAGAGGGUUCACCGUUUGAUCAUGGGAUUAAUAGUAAUGGCGUUUACUAUGCUAUUCCCGAAUGUAAUAUCAGUCAUGAUUUUUCUCGGCCAAUUCUUCAUGGGUCUCGUGGCACUUGUAUUUCCAGCUACCAUAGAAAUUAUGGUUGAUUGGGAAGAGGCAUACAGUCACAGAGCCAGGUAA